UCCGCUGGGCGCAUAGCUAGCCGGGACUUUUCUCGCACUGCUCGGCUGGGCGCCUCUGCUAUGGCGCGGAAGUGGAGUGCGCCGCCUUGGCUUCUCCUGCCGCUCCUGCUGAACAUAGCCCUAGUGCGCGGCUUCAGCCCUCUGCCCCUGGUCAUCAACACUUGGCCUUUUAAGAAUGCCACCAGAGCAGCAUGGCAGACGUUAGUGUCUGGAGGUUCUGCCCUGGAUGCAGUGGAGAACGGCUGUACUAUGUGUGAGAAAGAGCAGUGCGACGGCACUGUAGGCUUUGGAGGAAGUCCCAAUGAACUUGGGGAGACCACCCUGGAUGCCAUGAUCAUGGAUGGCACUGCUAUGGACGCGGGAGCAGUAGGAGGCCUUGUAAGAAUUAAAAACGCAAUUGGAGUGGCACGGAGAGUCAUGGAGCAUACAACGCACACGCUUUUAGUAGGGGAGUCAGCCACCAAUUUUGCCGAAAGUAUGGGGUUCACCAACGAGGAUUUAUCUACCGGUAUCUCCAAAGCUCUUCAUACGGAUUGGCUUACUCAGAAUUGCCAGCCAAAUUAUUGGAGGGAAGUUAUCCCAGAUCCUUCAAAAUACUGUGGACCCUACAAACCGGCUGGUUUCUUAGAGAAGAGAAAUAUUUCCUACAAAGAAGCGGGUGUCCGUGGUCAUGAUACUAUUGGCAUGGUUGUAAUCCAUAGGAUGGGACAUACUGCUGCUGGCACAUCUACAAAUGGUAUAAACUUCAAAAUACCUGGUCGAGUAGGAGAUUCACCAAUACCUGGAGCCGGGGCCUAUGCUGAUGACACGGCUGGGGCAGCUGCAGCCACUGGGGAUGGUGACAUACUCCUACGCUUUCUGCCAAGCUACCAGGCUGUAGAAUAUAUGAGAGGAGGAGACGACCCAGCCAUGGCGUGCCAAAAAGUGAUUUCAAGAAUUCAGAAAUAUUUUCCGAAAUUCUUUGGAGCUGUUAUAUGUGCCAAUGUGAGAGGAGAUUAUGGUGCUGCUUGCAACAAACUUCCAACAUUUACUCAGUUUAGUUUCAUGGUUUAUAAUUCUCUACACAGUCAUCCAGUUGAAGAAAAAGUAGACUGCAUUUAGUCUUAUCUUGUCCUUCAGCAUGUGUAUUUAAAGAGGAGAGAUGCAAAAAUGGGACAGUUGCACACUGACAUCAUGUAGUGACGUUCUUGUGUAAAUUAAGUGCAAAAAUAAACUGCUGUACUGCUA